GUUGAAAACACCCACUAUAAUAGGAAACAUUCGUCGCCGCCUGGUUAUAGAUUAGAGAAACAAUAAGAACCAACGGCUUAUUCGAAAACAGAGGAGGGACUUUCUCUCCUGCAUCCAAAAUGCUGCCACUUUCAUGUUGUCUGCAAGAUAUAUUCUCUAGUGUGUAAUUAUCGGAAACUCCAGCUAUGAGACUAUACAGGCUUCGGUCAUUCAGAUUGUUCGCGUCUGUCACCAUUGUAUUCCUGUUAAUUCAUCUAUCGCGCUCCUACUAUAGAAAAUCCAUACAUUCCCAGCCUCGUAGCCAUGUUGCACCGUCGGCUUGCCCAGAAUCUCCCCUGCUCAAUGACGUGCUCGUCGUUAUUCGAACAGGGGCAACAGAAGUGCUCGAAAAACUACCGGCGCAUUUCUCAACGCUGCUCACCUGUGUUCCCGACUACAUCAUAUACUCAGACCUUGAGGAAGAUGUAGAGGGCCACCACAUUAUCGAUGUUCUCGAUCGGGUUAAUGAUAACGUCAGAAUGAACGUCCCAGAAUUCUGGCUUUACAACAGAUUACGUGCGUCAGGAAGAGAACACUUAGAAUACCAGACUUUGUUCGGGAGUGGACCGUCGGGAGCUUUAGACAACCCCGGCUGGAAACUAGACAAGUGGAAGUUCUUACCUAUGAUCUCUCGAGCCCUGGAACACAGACCCAGCGCAAAAUGGUUCGUCUUUAUCGAGCCUGACACAUAUAUGAUCUGGCAGAAUAUUUUAGAGUAUCUCUCCCAAUAUGAUGCGAGCAAACCGCAUUACCUGGGAAAAUACAUGUGGAUUGGCAAGGUUCUUUUCGGCCAUGGCGGAUCAGGCUUUAUGAUUUCGAAUCCAGCCAUGGAAAUGGUUUCAAAACAUUGGGCAGAAAAUCAGGAUUGGUUUGAUGAGUACACCGCAAAAGAGUGGGCUGGUGACAUGAUUCUUGGAAAAGCGAUGGAGAAUAUCGGCAUUCACUUAACCUCAGCAUCACCUCACGUUCAAAUUGACAGUCUGAGUACGCUGGAUUGGACCACCAAUAAGAACGAUAAACCUCCUUGGUGUUAUGCACCGGUGACAUUCCACCAUAUGAACACACCCGAUAUUCAUACUCUAUGGCGUUUCGAGCAAGACUGGCUCCGACAGAGCAAUGCCAAUACGUUCCCCCAACUUCGCGAUAUCUUCGAGAGCCUUGUACAGCCCCGACUUCAGUCCGAGCUCGAGGACUGGGACAACCAGUCCAGAGGAUUUGAAUACAGUGAUGAGGCAUUCGCAAAACUUUCGGAUGAAGGCCGAGCUGCUAUUACCCAGACGGAACGAGAUGCCCCAGCUUCAUUCGAACAGUGCAAAAUUGCAUGCGAAAGAAAACCCUCAUGUUUGCAGCUCUUCUACAUCCCGAGUCGUUGUUUCCUUUCCGAUGAACUACGUUUGGGCCAGGCAGUAGAACCUCAAUGUGUCGAGUACUCACACAUCAAUAAUAAAUGUAUAAUAAUGCAAGAUAUGAAGGCGCCAGGCGUUACUCUCGAGAAGGCAAGCUCCACCAAGUCGGGUUGGAUGAUGAGCAGGAUAUUGAAAGCGUCACAAGAAAUGAACAACAAGUGCCAAAGCUUGAGAGAGAACGAUUGGGUAAUAGAGUUAUGAUAUGCCAUACAGUUCAGCCGCAUAAUUUGCGUUUUCACCGUUUCAAAGUGCUAUUUUACAAGCGGGCUCUCAUGUACCUACCGUAUCAUAUUAUAUUGAAAGUUGGACCUACAGCUUUCGGAAGCAGCUCAUCUAAUAAGAGUUUUGUGACCGCUACUAUACAAGCUUCAUUCUCUCUACAUAGAUUAUGGAACCUAAUAACCUAGUUCGUUUCGGCAAUAGGUAUCUAGCUGUCCUCCUUUUAAUUUAUCCCGCAGAAUUCGUUAACCACAGGAAUGUAU